CCGGCGUCAUUAAUGAUUGGUCCAUUUCGGCACACACACGUCUCAUCAUCAUCGCUAGCUGGGCUGCUGCUCUUUUUUUGGCGAACAUUUCAAGGAGGAGAAGACCUACCAGCUGCCAACAUGUCCAGCAAACGGGCCAAGGGGAAGAACACCAAGAAGCGUCCCCAACGCGCCACCUCCAAUGUGUUCGCCAUGUUCGACCAGUCUCAAAUCCAGGAGUUCAAGGAGGCUUUUAACAUGAUCGACCAGAAUCGGGACGGUUUCAUCGACAAGGAAGACCUUCAUGACAUGCUUGCAUCAUUAGGUAAAAACCCCAUGGAAGAUUACCUGGAGGCAAUGAUGAACGAAGCCCCGGGUCCAAUCAACUUCACCAUGUUCUUGACCAUGUUCGGCGAGAAGCUGAAUGGCACCGACCCAGAGGAUGUGAUUCGUAACGCCUUUGCAUGCUUUGAUGAAGAGGGAACAGGCCUGAUCCAGGAGGAGUUCCUCCGCGAGCUUCUCACAACCAUGGGUGACAGGUUCUCAGACGAGGAAGUGGACGAGCUCUUCCGUGAGGCCCCCAUCGACAAAAAAGGCAACUUUAACUACGUGGCGUUCACACGUAUCCUAAAGCAUGGCGCCAAGGACAAGGACGAUUAGUGGUGCUCCUCGAUGGUCUUUGUCUCAUGUUUUGUAGCUGACUGGAAAGGUUAAAUGUUACUUGGCUUCCACUGCUCCUCCUCCUCUUCUUGGAGCUCAUUUGCACAUCACUAAGGAACUGUUAAACUUGAAUACAUGUAUUAAUUAAAUGUGACUGAAUUUUGCAUUGCUCUCGUAAUAUUUUUUAGUUGCAAACGACAUGUUCUGAAGAUAAUAUGAAUAAAAAAGGAAGCUGCUGCUGUCAUUGUUUUUAAUAAAAUAUCCACAUACAUGUGUGGACAAGAUCA